AUGAGAUUUCGCCGGUCAACCUUCUCGAUUCAAUUUCUAAUCAGUUUAUUGUACUUCACUACCUUUGUCAAGUCUUAUCAGGUUUUGAUCUCAGAUACCGAUGAUGUCAGACAGGUCUGUUCUGGAAUGUGGCAGAAAUUUGCCGGGUCUCGGGAACCUUAUAUUGAGAUUUUAUUUGGUCCUGCAUCUAAAGGUCAAUUAGCAUUAGUCAUUUAUGAAUGGGCAGAUGCAAAAUAUUUGGGAAUGGAUGAGUCCGAUCCGAAAACACCCAAUACCUGGAGCAGCAAUCGAACAUAUGUCUGCACACUUGAUGCUGUCAGUCGUCGAUUAUGUACCUCCGAACACCUGGGUGAAUUUAUUGUUGCACCUCUACCAGCUGGGGUUACUAAAGAGUCAACUAGUAUAUGGACUAAAAGUGUUAAGCUUACACCUCAAAGUGCUUCUGAUAUGGCUUCAACAAAGAAGGAGAGUAUGGCCAUUGGACCCUGGCGAUAUAAUGUGACUAAAACUGGAUAUUAUUGUGUGGGAGCUGUUCCAUUGACUGCCGGUGCAACUCCAAAUGACACUACUACGACCUACACGUCUUACACUGGUGUGGUAGACUUUCAAAACGUGUUCAAAGGCAACUUGCCCGCUGGCGAAUAUCCCAAAGUGGCUUUCUAUGCAGCGCUCACAUUGAUUUACGUUCUUGUUGGUAUGCUAUGGACAUACAAUUGUUACAGACAUCGUACAGAGAUUUUGCCCGUUCAGCAUUACAUCUCGGCUAGUAUUGGAUUUCUAGUAGUAGAGUUAGCAAGUGUUUCGGGUUACUAUAAAUAUGUCAAUGAUGUUGGCGCCCCCACGGUUACACACGCUCUGUUAGUCCUCGUCUCAAUCCUCAGCGCAGCAAGGAAUGCCAUGUCAUUCUUUAUGCUCCUCAUCGUAUCCUUAGGCUAUAGUAUUGUAAAAGACUCUCUCGGAUCGAUGAUGAUACGGAUACGUCUUUUGGCGGCUGCUCAUUUUGUAUUUGGUGUGGUCUACGCUAUUGGAAUGGCAACGUUUCCCUUUGAAUCAGCUGGACUUUGGAUCUUUUUCAUGGUCUUCCCUUUGGCAUUUACAUUGACUGGAUUUAUGAUGUGGAUCAUGGCAGCAUUAUCUCAAACUAUUCAGGAUCUCGAGAGCCGCAAGCAAACCUACAAGAAGCAGAUGUUUGUGAGAUUACAUCGAAUCCUUAUCGCCGCCGCUGUGGUUAUUAUCCUCUUCUUUUUGGUUUCCUCGAUCUCCUUCUCCAAUCGACUUCAAGAAGAUUACGCACCCGAAACAUGGCGAACACGAUGGUUCAUCUUAGAUGGAUGGCUUGCACUCCUUUAUAUUGUCUGUUUUAUUUCCGUUGCAUUCUUAUGGAGACCAACGGCUCGUAACAGGUAUUUAGCAAUGAGUGAUGAAUUAGCACAAGAUGAACAAGGUGCAGAUGAUUAUGAUGAUCGUAGAAGAAGUGGAAUGGGUGGAGAUGAUGAUGAGAAUGGUAAAGAAUGGGUUUCACAUGAAGAUGGUGGUGAUGCUGUUCCUUUGCAAUUAAGAAGAGUUGGAAAUGAAACUGUUGUGUUUGAUAUCGGAGAUGAUGAAGAUGAAGCAGAUCAACGUACAAAAAGAAGAUCAAGUGAUGGAAGUGAAGAAGCUCAACCAUUACGUAGGACAGCUUCAACUGAAAGACCACCUGAUUAUAGAUAA